CCUAAAAAUUUCUCUUUCUCCCAAACUUAAUUUUCUCUUCUCGUUUCUUCUUUGCUGUCUGAAGACUCCAUACUGAAGCAAGGCUUCAGCGUUUGUCACCGCCAGGCGUGGAUGAGCCUAAUCGCCCCUAGCUGUUCUCAAUCUUUUCCAUCUCUCUCUCCCCUCUCCGACGGAAAAUAGGCUCUGGCUGGAGAUGAAGGCUAAUGGAUUGGUUCGAAUAGAAUGGGGCGAUUUGGAGGAACCCAUGCCGGAGGUUGUAGCGGUGGAUGAACCUCCUCUGGAUACUCCGCCGCCUCCUCCUCCGAAUGUUGUUGACGUUGUUGUUGCUGCUGGGAAGAGUAUGAAGAAGGUUAAGCAAGUAGAUUCAAGUUUAGGUGAUGCAAAAAGAAUGAGUGGUAAAAGUAUUAAUUUAGUUAAGCUAUUUAAUGAUCUUGAUGAUCAUUUUCUGAAAGCUUCUGAGAGUACCCAUGAGGUUUCGAAGAUGCUUGAGGCAACCCGAUUUCACUAUCACUCGAGUUUUGCUGAUAAUCGAGAGCAUAUUGACCACUCUGCUAGAGUGAUGUGUGUGAUUACAUGGAAUAGGUCAUUUAGUGGCCAAUUUAAUAUUGAAGAUGGACAGGUUUAGGUCAUGGAAGACAACGCCGAAGGGUUUAGGCCAUGGAUGCGAUGGCGAGGCUAGCACCCUGGUCAGGUGCGACUGUAUUGACUAUUUUUUAUUUUAUUUUAUUUUUUGGGUUUUGAAGAUUGUAUAGAUUUCUCUUUUUGGGUUCAAUGGCAAUGGCAUGGUUAUUUUGUGUUCAUGAUAAUUCAUGUAUGUAUUUUUUAG